AUGAAUGAAUGUGGAUUAUCAGCUGCAAACUGUUACUCAGCUUUUACAGAUCACGAACAAGACGAGGUGAUAUCGAACAUUCAGAAAGACUUUCCGAACGUUGGCUCGAAAAGAACGACAGGCCUUUUGCGAUCCAGAGGUGUAUUUGUCCAACAAACACGCAUUCGUCAAUCGAUGCGCAGAGCUGAUCCAGAGAGAACACUUUUACGAGCUCUUGAAAUGCGUCAUAUUGAAGGCAACCACAAGCUAAUACGCUGGAGAUUCGUGAUCCAUAGAGGAAUCGACGGUUAUUCUCGAUUAAUUGUAUAUCUUACCUGUUCAACAAAUAACAAAUCUUCCACAGUUUACCAGUUAUUUCAAUCUGCAGUCGAAAAGUUUGAGUUGCCUUCUCGCGUACUCUCAGAUAAAGGAAGAGAAAACACAGAAGUAGCUUGGUUUAUGCUGUCGCAUCCACGUAGAGGCCCAGACAGAGGGAGUCACAUAACUGGAAAAAGCGUUCACAAUCAACGCAUAGAAAGGCUUUGGAGGGACCUUUUUACAGGAUGUACUUACCUCUUUUACCAGCUAUUCUACCACAUGGAAGAUGAAGGGAUUCUUGAUCCAUCAAAUGAGCAGCACAUAGCUGCAUUACAUUUCGUCUAUCUUCCAGUUAUCAACCGGCAUUUACAAUUAUUCACAGAGGGACAUAACAGGACCAUUAGCACGGAAGGAAACCAAACACCUGAACAAUUGUGGUUGAGAGGAAUGCUUUCGAACCCUAGUAGGAAAAUUGCUGAAGAAUUUGCAAGUCAGAACUAUGGAGACUAUGGAGUCGAUUGGGACAGCCCAUGCCCGAACGAAGAUAGUUAG